AUGAAGAAGCGGUCGGCAUCGGUUGUUGCUGUGCUAGCACUCCUUGGCUUGGCGACCGCACUGACCGUGGUGGUGGCUGGCCCGGCGCCGCCGUCCGGGUACACGAAGCAGGAGGACGUAGGCAGCGACUUCAUCAAGCAGGUGGGCAAGUUCGCGGUCAACGUGUACAAGAUCGCUCACAUGAUACCCAUGAGCUACCUGAGCACGUCGCAGUGCUGGUCCUCGCCGGCGGGGGGCGGCGCCAACAACUACUGGAUGGUGCUCAGGGCGACCAACUGGACCGGCAUGGCCGGCAGCUACGUCUCCACCGUGUGGGGCAUCCCGGGCUCCGAGUCCAAGACGUGGAAGCUCCUCACCUUCAACGGCACCAUGUGA